AUGGACGACGCGACGCCAGUCAAGCACAAGGCAAAGCACACCACCACCAAGGGCAUGGGCGGGGCAGCGAACAGGAGGACGCUGGCGUCCCUCCUGCGCAUGCAGACGGUGGAGGACAGCAAGCCGAGGCUCUCCAAGAUAUCCUGGCUCGACGACGUCCUCGUCUACCGCCCCUCCAUCAUCCCCAUCGUCAUCCGGCCCGUGCUCUUCAUCACGCUGUUUGCGGCCGGCGUGGCGCUCGCGUCGGUCGUCUACGGCAAGCAGGUAGCCUUGACCAACAACGUCGUCCCCCUGCUCUCUGUCGUCGUCGGCCUGCUGCUUGUGUUCCGCAACUCGACAGCGUACGAGCGCUAUGCAGAGUACGUUCCACGUCGCAGACCCCCGCUGAUCACCGUCUCCAGGGGCCGCAAGGACUUUACGAUGUUGCUGUCGAAUGCCCGCAACCUGGCACGCGUCAUCUGGAUCAACGUCGUGCCCCCGCCACCAGGGGAAGGACCGCUGAUGGACCGCGACGCGCUGACGGAGCGCAAGCGCGAGCUGAUCCGCCUCGUCGUAGGGUUCGUCUUCGCGACCAAGCACUACCUGCGCGCCGAGGGCGGCGUGCACCAUGCCGAUCUGCAGGCGCUGCUCCCCAAGGCGCUGCUCGAGUCGGCAAUGGGGGCGUGUACCCCGCCAGACGAAGAGGCAGUGGGCGGCGGUGACAUCCUCGACGCGCCGACAGUCAUGAGCCCGCGGUCGUAUUCCAUGUCCGCAGUGUCGAUCGGCGACGAGGAGGAGAAUAUCGGCGGGUCCGGCGGAUCCGGGUCCAGCUCGCCGAGGAAGCGCACCGUGUCCAAGUCGUACUCCGCAUCACCGAACAACAAGCCAGAGACGGUGUCAUCAUGGAUCGGUGGCGAGAAGAAGAAGCCUGUGCGCCGGCCCACGGCUGUGCGCGUGAGACCGGUUCUCGAGGUGGAAGUGAAGAACACGGUGUAUCUGUCCUCGUCCAAGUCGACGACAACGCUCAACGAGCGCACGCCGCUGAUCAAGUCGGGCGUGAGGCCUGAUAUCCGGAGGACGAACGACGACGUCGACAGACAGUCGGUGGCCGGCCUCGGCCGCCUUGUUGAGGUCGGGCUCCCGCUGAUCAUCGCACACGAGAUCAGCCGCGGCCUGUUCCGCUUCAGGCGCCAGGGAUGCCUCGAGGCGAUCGGCCCGGCGGGGUUCAACGCGAUGCAGGGGUUCGUGCAGUCCAUGACCAACCAGCUGGGCUCGAUGGAGCGGAUCCAAACGCCCCUCCCCUACGUCUUCUGCGUGCACCUCAAGCAGUGCGUGACGCUGUAUCUCCUGUGCCUCCCGUUCGUGCUCGUCGAGAGCCUGGGCUGGAAGAUGAUCCCAAUCGUGACCUGCACGGCGUUCACGCUGUGCGGCGUCGAGGGCAUCGCAGCGCAGAUCGAGCAGCCGUUCGGCACCGACCCAAGCGACCUCAACCUCGACCUGUUCUGCACCGAGCUGCUGUGCGAGUGCGAGGCUAUUAUCGAGAAGCUGCCGCAGGGCGACGACGACGAGGAGAUUGUGUUCACCCGCUCUGCGUCGCAGCGCAAGAUUGACGACGAGGACGGAGAGUAG